GGCUGUGGGGCUGUGGGGCUGUGGGCCUGUGGGGCGGGGUGGGAUCGCGGAGCCACCUGAUCCGGGCUGCGCUCCGUCCGCCGCGUAGUGGACAUGGCGGGCUCUCUGCUCCCGCAGCAGCUCUUUCUCCAGGGCGUGGCUGCCGUCUUCAUGUUCGCCUUCGCUUCUCUCUACACGCAGAUCCCGGGCCUGUAUGGCCCGGAGGGCAUCCUACCUGCAAGGAGAAUGCUGCGGCCACAGGGCAAGGGGCGCUGGCAACAGCUGUGGGAGACCCCAACGCUGCUAUGGGAGGCACCAAGGCUGGGACUGGACACAGCCCAGGGCGUGGAGCUGCUGAGCCUGCUGGGCACAGUGCUGGCCCUGGGUCCCCUGCUCCUUCAUCGGCUACGCCACCCCCUCAUUUAUCUGCUGCUCUGGGCUGCUUACCUGUCCGUCUGCCAGGUGGGCCAGGUGUUCCUCUAUUUCCAGUGGGAUUCCCUGCUGCUAGAGACAGGCUUCCUGGCUGUGCUGGUCGCCCCUUUGAGGCAGCCCUCUGGCCGAAAUCAGGCUCCCCAGGGCGGGCUGGUGGGGGCCUCUGCCUACAAGAGCCUCCCCUUCUGGCUCGUGCGCUGGCUGCUGUUUCGCCUCAUGUUUGCCUCGGGUGUGGUCAAGCUGACCAGCCGCUGCCCCGCAUGGUGGGGACUCACAGCCCUCACCUACCACUACGAGACACAGUGUCUGCCCACACCUGCUGCCUGGCUUGCACACCACCUGCCCGUCUGGCUGCACAAGCUCAGCGUGGUGGCCACCUUCCUCAUCGAGAUUGCAGUGCCCCCUCUGUUCUUCGCCCCUAUUCGCCGCCUGCGCCUGGCCGCCUUCUACACUCAGGUGCUGCUACAAAUCCUGAUCAUCAUCACCGGCAACUACAACUUCUUCAACCUGCUCACGCUGGUGCUCACCACCACCCUCCUGGACGACCAGCAUCUGGCUGCUGAGCCUAGCCCCUGCCACCCCAGGAAGAUGCCCACCUCCUGGCCUAGGGCCCUGCUGACCAAGCUAUCCCUGCUACUGGAACUGGCCGUCUACGGGACAUUGGCCUAUGGCACCGCACACUACUUUGGCCUGGAAGUUGACUGGCAGCAGCGCAUGGUCCACUCCAGAAGCACCUUCACCUUCCACCAGUUCUCGCAGUGGCUGAAGAUGGUGACUCUGCCCACGAUGUGGCUAGGCGCUGCCUCCCUGACCUGGGAGCUGCUGGCUGCCCUCUGGGGGUGGGUGCAGGUUCAGGGGUGGCUGCGGAAGGUCUGUGCUGCGAUCCAGCUCUGCGUCUUGGGCACUACCACGGUGGCCCUGUUCCUGAUCAGCCUGGUGCCGUACUCCUAUGUGGAGCCUGGGACCCAUGGGCUCCUCUGGUCUGGGGCUCACCACCUCUUUGACACCAUGGAGCACCUGCAGCUGGCCAACUCAUAUGGCCUCUUCCGCCGGAUGACUGGUCUGGGUGGGCGGCCUGAGGUGGUGCUGGAAGGCAGCUACGAUGGACACCACUGGACAGAGAUCGAGUUCAUGUACAAGCCCGGAAAUGUGAGCCGCCCACCCCCCAUCGUGGUGCCCCACCAGCCACGCCUGGACUGGCAAAUGUGGUUUGCAGCCCUGGGCCCGCACACACACAGUCCCUGGUUUACCAGCCUAGUGCUCCGCCUGCUGCAGGGCAAGGAGCCAGUGGUCCGCCUGAUCCAGAAUGAUGCUGCCCAGUACCCCUUUCAUAAGCAGCCACCCACCUAUGUCCGAGCCCAGCGCUACAAAUACUGGUUCUCUCAUCCCGGGGAGCAGGGCCGGUGGUGGCACCGCCAGUGGGUGGAGGAAUUCUUCCCACCUGUGUCCCUGGGGGACCCGACCCUGGAAUCACUGCUGCGGCAGUUUGGGCUUAAGGACAAGACCCCGCCCCGAACCCGCAGCUCUAGCCAUGCGCUGGCCCGGGCCCUUCACUGGGUGCGGACCCAGCUGUCUUCCCUGGAGCCCCCCAACCUGCUCUGGGGGCUCCUGGGAGCUGUGGGUGCUGUGAGAGUCGUGCAGGCCCUGCUGGCCUCCUCAUCGCCCCAGUCCUUCCUCAUGAACAGAGAAGAGAAGCACAAGCUGAUCCCCAAAAGGGAGUCAGGAGCUGCAUCCACACCAGCCACCCCCACCCCCAACAACUGCAGCAGUGGCUCCCGGCCACCCCGGUGGAAAAAGUAGCUGCAUUGUCACAUGUUCCCAGAGGGUUAGGUCCCUACAAAGCUCUGACCUGCAGCAGGACACAGUCUUGCCAUGGUGCCUUAGCCAAUCCUGCUGGGACCACCAGAAACUGGGGUAAUACUUAAGGAAGGUGCUGGGUGCUGCCUGAGACUGACUUGCAGCCAUUGGCCCAGGAGGUGGCCUGAGGUCCAGCCCAGUAUCCUUGCUAGGACAUCAUGGGAAGCACAUCCCCUGCCCCAGGCUGAAGAGGUCUGAGUCAGGAGUCCCUGACCACAGCCAAUCUGGAGGGGAUAAGGAGGCUUGCUGAGGAUGACAGCAGAGAAGGGGUCACCUGCAUUGUCAUCUCCAGACAGCCUGCUCACCUUUGGAUCCAGGAAUCAAUAAAAGAAUCCUUGGAGCUUA